AUGCGGCUAGGUCCACACGAUCUGCUCGAGUACAAUGCAGGAUACAGAGUACUAAUCUGCCGAGAUUGUCAAUACGCCAUCCAGAAAAAUGCACUGGGAAGCCAUUUGCUCCGGCACAAAAUUUACCGUGAAGAAAGGCAACGCUUAUUGUCCGCUAUUAACGAGCUGGACAUCGUUGAACCAGAUGACCUUCUUCUGCCCACCCCAGAUACACUACCGGUGGCUGCUCUACCUGUGAUGUCUGGGCAUGGCUGUACUGUGACUGGAUGUGGAUAUCUCUGUGCUAGCUCUAAACGCAUGAGACGCCACUGGAGCGACGCCCAUGGAGUCAAUGGAUCGGAUAAUAUGUCCUCGCUUGAACGCUCAGUAAAGCUUCAGACAUUCUUCCGUGGUACCAAACUCAAGUAUUUUGAGGUUGCGGCGACGAGCAGCUAUCCAGAGCCAAGGAUUUCAGAUGACAAGAGUGGACAUGGCAGAGGGGGCUUGAAAUUGAAUGCCGCAACAUCGCCAGCACAUUUGACGCCAAAUCCCACGCCUUGUCCUGCGGUAGACCUAGAAACAUUAACAUAUUUUCAUCAUUUCAUCACGACAGCAAGUCUGUCACUUCCUGGAGCUGAGGAUUCUCUCUCGCCACCGCAAUACUGGGAGAAAGAGGUCAUUCCACUAGCUCUACAACGGCAGUGGCUAAUGUGUGGAUUACUGGCCAUUUCCGCGUACUAUUCAGCCACAUUGGAGGACAGGGCAACAGCGCGAACACUUCACUGUAAGCGGGCGACAAAGUUUUAUUCGGAUUUUUGUGUCGGCUUCAAACCCACCAAUGAUGAAAUGAAUCGAAUGACCACCGAGACUUACUGGAAAGUGAAAAGGGCAGGAAUACACAUCAAGAGCGUUGUGACCUGCGCACAAUGGACGUUCAAUGGAUUUACUAUCAACCAAGAGACUACCCCGGUUCCUGCGACUUUUCCUCAACUAGAUUCUUUCCUACAAGACAUGCGAAGUUUUGUGUCUCCUGAAUCGGCCAUGUCAUCAUGCACGUAUCAGAGCCGGGAUGAGAUCCCUCAGAGAGCCUUGGAUAAGAAUGGCCCUCUGGAAAACGACAAUGCAAGGACUAUGCUACUCAACCACAUUCACACCCUUCCGUAUCGCAUGGCAGAGAUAUUCGGAAAACCGGAUCAUGAAGAAGACGCUCCAGCAAUUCUACUUGCCAUCAAAGCCUUGUCCGAAUGCUGUACCAGCAGUUUUGAAUCUGACGCUUUGUCAAGAGCGUGGCAAUGCAUGGCUGGAUGGUUGACCAGGACAACGGAUCAUUUCAACCGUAUGGUCUCGCUCCAGAACUCGGCUGCACUUGUUGUGCUAGCCUAUUGGGCCGCUACUCUGGUUGAACGGGCUGAAAAAUGCGGAAUUUGGUUUAUACAUGGCCUCUCGAGGACGAUAUUGUCGGAGAUUCGAGAGCUUCUUUCUACGGAUGAUGCGGCAUGGGCUUUGGUUCAAGAAGUCAUAAACUAA